UUACGACAUCAGCAGAGCAUACAGUUUUUUUUAAAUGCGUCAGUACAGGCUAGGUGUGGCAUAUUAUCUCCAUACCAAUUUUUAAAAAUAUAUAUUUAAAUAUUAAACGCAGAAAACUUCAUUAAAAGUUGGUCUAUAAUGGAGACUUACAAACUGCUGAUCACGACGAACGCCAGAUACUUGGGAUCAGGUACGAACGCAACCGUGUGUGUAAAAAUUACAGGAGUGACCGGCAACGCCACCAAAUGGACAAAGUUGGAUCAUUUUUUCAGGAACGAUUUUGAGAGGGAUACAGCGGAACAAUAUAUUGUGGAACAUGAUGGUGAACAAGUUGAUGAACCUCUGAUUGUACAAUUAAAACUGACAGGCUUGUUACAAAGUGACAGCUGGUUGUGUGAUGAUGUCAUAGUUGAAUACAUUGGACAACGUUUCGAGUUCCCGGUGUUUGAUUGGAUAGAAGGAGAUGAAGUAUCUGUUACACGGGGAGAUGCAACUCUGCCUCAAAAUGUCACCAAUGCUCAAUGCCGAAAACUUCGUGCAGAAGAAAUUGAGAAAAAUUUAAAAAAGUUUGAAUGGCAGCCUCACCCCAAGUCUGACAAGGAGCUGAGUUGGGGAGUGAACCGUUACAUGAAAGCUUCCAACUACUUUGAGCUACCAAGCAUCCUCAAGAGAACACAAGGACAACUUGAACUAGCUGCAGGAUCGGGUCUCACUAUAGCUCUGCACAUGGGAACGAAUUUGUUCAAAAACUUGUUCUGCAAACUGAAAUAUUUGAAUGAUUAUAAGAAACUUUACAGCAAAACUGGCUUUAAUGAUCCAAUGUUCAUUGAUGAAUGGAAAACGGAUAAAGAAUUUGGACGUCAAGUUCUAACAGGAGUUUCUCCACUUGCAUUUGAAAGAUGCUGCAAAAUUCCUGAAUAUUGUGGUGUAACAAAUGAACAUGUAUCUGGUUUGUUAGCUGAUGAUAAAACAUUGGAAAGUGAAUUAAAGGCUGGAAAAAUUUAUAUUGCUGACUAUUCUGACACGUUGGAUAUUGAAAGAAAUGACAUUCCAGGGUCGGACAAAAAGUUUAUUUGUGCUGACUGUGUGGCGUUAUUUUACGUCAAUCCCAAUGGAGAUUUUCUUCCCAUAGCAAUCCAACUUUGUCCGAAUGAAGAAGAGACAAUACACACACCUAAAGGAAAUGAACAUGACUGGCUUCUUGCAAAGAUAUAUUUUAGAGCUUCUGUUAGAAGCACUCAUGAGUGGAUAUACCAUUACCUACAAACACAUGCUGUGUCUGAAACUUUUUGCAUUGCUAUGUUUCGCAACCUUCCACGAAACCACCCCAUGUAUAAACUGCUCCGACAACACCUACGCACAGCACCAGCUAUUAACACUGAUGGACGUCUCCUACUAGUUCCAACCGGAUCACUAGCGAACAAGGCCAGUCACCUGAAUGCUGCAUCUUCAGUGAGGAAAAGAUACAAAACAUUCAAGUUACAACAAAUCGAUAUCCCAAAGUGCCUCAAAUAUAAAGGUUUGGACGAUCCAAAUCUUCUUCCUAACUUUCAUUACAGAGAUGAUGCAUUAGAUGUUUGGAAUGCAAUCAAACAAUAUGUUGCAAAUGUAGUUAAUUAUCAUUAUACAUGUGACAAGGACAUAGUGGAUGAUUAUGAACUUCAAAGCUUUAUGUUCGACACUGCACAUGAAGGCUUUGGUUGGCAAGACAAUGACUUAAGAGGAGUCCCUGACAAACUCAACACCAGAGAUGAACUGAUUGACAUGACCACCAUCAUUAUAUUUGCAAGCACUGCCCAACAUGCUGCUGUUAACUUUGGACAAAUGGAGACUUAUUGUUUUAUUCCAAAUGCACCAGGAAGCAUGAUACUACCACCUCAUAAAAGAGGAGAAGCAGAUGAGAAAAGAGUGAUGGAUUCUCUUCCAGGAGUUGUGGUUUCAAGCAUUUUAAUAAGUUUCUCAUUUGCUCUAUCAGAGUAUGCAAAAGAUGAAAUAUUUCUUGGCGAUGUGCCGGAUAGAUUAUUCACUGAUCCAAAAGUUAUUGAAAUGCAAGUUGCUUUCAAAAAGGAACUCGUUAAACUUCAAUCAAAAUUUGAAGAACGAAACAAGAAAUUGAAAUACCCUUACACCUACCUUUUGCCUGAUAAAAUACCAAUAAGUAUUGCAAUUUAAUGUGCAUGGAUAAAAAUGUAUAUAAAUGCGCUUGUUUGCGUAUAAGCUUGUAAAAGUUAUGUAUGGUCCUAAUAAUCUUGUACUCUUAUUAACAUUAAUACACAGAGACCUAAUAUAUAAAAAAAAAUAUAGGAAUGUGCAUAUGUCGAACACAAAAUUUAAAUAUUGCCACAAGUGGUGUUAGAGAGCGAGCAGGACAACAUAAUGUGUGCACAAGCUGCAAGAGGUAACCACAUUUCAAAUGUGAUCAUAAACAAAACCAAAAAUUUA